CGCCAAGUACUCCGCGAUUUAAACGAGAGUUCAGCCUCUUCGACCAAGGUAGCCAUUUUGAUAAAUAGCCAUGGCUCCACGUAAAGGUAAAGAAAAGAAGGAAGAACAACAGAUCGCACUUGGUCCACAGGCGGUGGAAGGCGAAAAUGUGUUCGGCGUCGCUCAUAUUUUUGCGUCUUUCAACGAUACAUUUGUACAUGUGACAGAUUUGUCUGGAAAAGAAACAAUUGCCCGUGUGACUGGUGGUAUGAAAGUAAAAGCUGACCGUGAUGAGGCAUCACCUUAUGCAGCUAUGUUGGCGGCUCAGGAUGUAGCUACUAAAUGUAAAGAAAUUGGUAUCACAGCUCUGCACAUCAAACUCAGGGCAACUGGUGGAAACAAAACAAAAACACCAGGACCAGGAGCACAAUCAGCUCUCCGUGCUUUGGCACGUUCAGGCAUGAAAAUUGGACGCAUUGAGGAUGUCACUCCAAUUCCCUCAGACAGUACAAGAAGGAAGGGUGGUCGUCGUGGUCGCCGUCUCUAGAAAUUUUACUCGUAAUGCAUAUAAAAUGUAAAAUAUAUAAGUGACAAAUUAAAGAUCUGUUGUUUUACGGUGA